AUGCGUUCGGCCGAAAUCAUCAGCCACGACCCCAACGCCGACCAGGAGCACGACGACCUGGAGAACGGCGGUGCCGUCGAGAGCCGCGGCACCAAGCGUCAACGCCAGAGCAAUGCCGCCGACGAUGACGACGACGACGAUGACAAACCCGGCCGUGAGCGACGGAAGAUCGAGAUCAAGUUCAUCCAGGACAAAUCUCGCCGUCACAUCACUUUCUCCAAGCGCAAGGCGGGCAUCAUGAAGAAGGCCUACGAACUCUCCGUCCUCACCGGCACCCAGGUCCUGCUUCUCGUCGUGUCGGAAACGGGCCUCGUCUACACCUUCACCACCCCGAAGCUCCAGCCUCUCGUCACCAAGCCAGAGGGCAAGAAUUUGAUUCAGGCCUGCCUCAACGCCCCCGAGCCCGCCGAUGCUAAUGGCAUCGACGGAGAAUCCAACGUCGAGUCUCCCGAAGACUCGCACGCCGCCCCGCCUGCCAUCCCACAGGCAAUGCCGCAGGCAGCCAUGCCCAACAGCUCUGUCCCGGGGCCGUACAUGACCGCCGACCACCAGCAAGCCAUCCAAUACCAGCGAUACCUCCAGACGCAACAAGCGCAGGGCGGAUACCCCAUGCCGCCCCAGCAGGGAAUGCAUCAGCAACGCUAGGAGCAGCCUGAUGACCUCUUCUCUCCGCGCGAGGUCACGCAAAAGACGGAGCUCAACUAAUCAUUGACUCCAAACACGUGCGGGGGGAGUUGGGCGGGCCAGAUCUGUAUCACAUUGACCGUAUCAUUUGCGUGGCGUUUCAGGCGUGAGAGAGCCGGUGGAGAUUGCGGAGCAGGCAGGCAGAGGGGAUGCACUGACGCGCGACGAAAAGCAGCCUCUUCUGUUCGCGUGCGGCAGCGUUUCGUCGGAGAAUGCUAAUAUAAUGGUUCACUGUGGGGGAAAACAGAACACGUUGUUUGGCUACGGUUCGCUGAAGUGUACUAUAUAGCUAUACACUGCUAGUCUUCUGCUGCCUGUG